AUGGAAAAUAGUGGGUACUUGGCUGAUGUUGAUGCAGCGACAUCUCGUAGUUCAGCCAAAAGGGUGGCAGCUGUAGUUGGCAAAUUUAGUGAUGAGAAGAAACAACUAGUGCGUGAUAUAGGUUUUGGUGGAAUCCUGCAGAUGCCACAAAUAAACAAAACUCCAAGGAAAUUCACUGUCUGGCUGUUAAGCAAUGUCGACAUUUCAUCUAGGUCAAUAGUUGUUAAUGGACAGUGUAAGGUUAAGAUAACCGACAAGGCAAUCGAAAGAGUAUUAGGAAUACCUUGCGGGCCUAAGAAGCUAAUUGGAUUGGAAACAAAUGUUGUUGAAGAAAAAAAUGACUUUAUAAAACUUGCUAUUGGAUCCCAUCAGGAGAAUAAUAUAUCAUACUGCAACAGCGAUAGUUCAACUGCUGGUGGUACAAAUGACGCAAGUGUCAAGAAGAGAGUUCGUUAUGACGAAAUUGUAGGAACGCCAACUGCAACCUGGUCAGAACAUGUACAAGUCCCUUUUUUCAGAACACUUCAACCAGCUGUGUCAAGUUAUUUGACUGCUUAUUUGAGAGGAUCGAUCCAACAAAAGUUAUCAUAUGGCCAAGUUGAUGCAUUGAAGUGGCACAAUGCUCGUAUGAUACAUCAUGUCAGGAAGACAAAAGAAUUAUUGUUUGAAGGAGGUCGCAUUAACCUAAAUGAAGAAGGAUUAAAAUCAGUGAUAGAAGUACACAUGGAGACACUUAUGGCCAAUAUAUUCCAAGAUAAUCUGAGCCUAUCACAAAAACUACACACCCACACAUCAACCAAUGUGGCAGCUCCUGCAAGUAAUAUGAGAGGAACUUCGUCCCUCCAAAUAUCAUCGAACUACAGCAGCAUCAGGAGUGACGGUCACAGUUCAGUUGGAGGAGUGUCAGCUAAGGAGAUUGGGGCACCGAGAAAAAACAAAGAAGCUGUAGGUGGCAUGUUCAGUCCUCUUGUAGGAAAGCAGCUUUUCGUAGAAGAGAUGGAGGGAUGUUCAAAGAGAAUAAAGGUAGAACAGGAUAGUGCGAGUGCGAUUCAGCCUGGAAAAUGUGACCAGUUCAUACUUUCUGAACAUGACAUUACUGCCAUCAUAGAGAAUGGAUCAGGGAAUUCAAUGUGCCCAAGUGACAACAACUUGAAGCAAUCCAUGUUCAGUAAACUAAAAUGCAAGCAAAGGGGUUUUGCUCCAAAUCCGUGGAUGGGUGGGGCAGCCAAGUCUAGGGUGAGAACAGGUGUCACAAAUGAUCUACAUGACUGGCUUGCAAAUAACAAUUCAUCUACCCUCAGGAGGAACUGGAUUGUGCACGCUCUGCCCAAGUACAUAGAACUGGAUGGCUUUAACCUUAAGGAUAUAUUCAUAAAGAAAAGAAGGUUCACUGCAGAAGCAUUUGAUAUAGCUAUUAGGAGAACAAUCCAACUAGAUAGUUCUAUGUAUGGAUUGAGAAGGAAACAUUGUUGGAGGCAUAUCAUGGAAUCAGAUUUCGCGAUGCUAGUUCUAGAAAACAAGGACCCGCUGGAAUGCAUAUCAAUAAUAUACCAAUUCACUAUGAUGUUCAAUGAAUAUGAUAUAUCUGAAUGUAGAAUGAUCAUCGUUCCAGCUUUAGUUGCAAUGAAUUGGUGUGCUUACUAUUGGGACAUGGAAGAAGAGAGAGUACAUGUUGUAGAUCCAAAGUAUGUCAUGCCGAGAGAUCAAAGUGUAGAAGAUAUUCACAAAAUAAACAUUGCAAAAAUCCAGGCUUGUCUACAAAAAGUAGUGGAGGUUCUAUUCGAAGGUUGGAAAGUAAGAUGGUCUGAUUUCAGGACUAACUUUGUGGAACCGAUAAUGUCUUGUUCACCUAGGGUACCUGAAGGAAUACUGACACUACUGGCAAUAAAAGAUUUCGAUGGAUCGAAAUAUGUGGAAAGACAUACUGAGGAAUCUGUAGAGGAGUUCACCAAACUGAUUCUCUACGAGAUGGUGUCUUUAGAAGGAAACUAUGGAAAACAACCAGAGGGUUUUAUUCAGACAAUUAUCUAAAAAAAUGAUAUCUACAUUUGUAGUUCGUUGUAUUAUCAUGCUGACAUUAUAUUAAACUUUGUUGUAUUAUAUUUAUUAUGGCACGUAUGAAUCUCCAAUAUCAGAGCGACCGACUUUAAUGGUUCUUACAAAUUCUGUUAAAUAAAAAUAUG